AUGGCGCUGCGCGUCUUCUCGAUUCGACUCGAUUCUGUAUUUCUUUCAUCUUUCCGCUGGGGUGGAUUCCUGCAAGUAAGGGAACCCCUGUGCCUGCCCAUAAUCCCCAUAAUCCUAGCGCUCUGGAAGAGGCCAAAGUUCCAGAAGCUGGGUGUGGUACUCUGGCAGUUCGACCGCCUUGUUGAGGGCUUCCUGCCGAAGGUUCACGCGGCCCUCACCAGGAGCCCUGGCUUCUGCGGUGCCCUUUUCUAUGAGGGGGACAUUGUGGGAAGAGGUUGCAAAGGAUUUGUGGGGCACGGUGUCAACUCGGAGUACUACGCGAUACAAUGGUUUCUGACUCUCUACGCCAGCGAUCUGCGACAGGAAGUGGUCCGCAGAAUCUGGGAUCGCUUCCUGGUCGCUGGCUGGAGGGUCGUCGCCCAAAUCGGCCUUGCCCUGCUCUAUCGCAUCCAAGACUCCUUGAUUCACAUGGACACUUGUCAAGCGCUCUCGUUUCUGAAGAGGUUCACGCGGAACGCGAAGUUCACUGCGAAGGAGCUUCUGGACACGGCAGCGACCUUCAAGGUGUCGCAUCGGAUGCUCUCUGCUUUAGAAGCAGCCUAUGGCUGGCCUGGUGAGUCGCAGCUGACGGUCGUGAAGGACCUGAACAGCGGUCAGGUCCACUGGGUUGUGCAAGCUGUGCAGCCGAAACUGAGUUGUGCAUACAACGACUCCCCCGAUGCAGAGUACGAG